UGCCACUUGUGUACAGCCGUCUCAGCGCGCAACACGCGCUUCUCUCACACCAGUGAUACAGUGCACUAAUCGAACUCUUUCGGACUAAUCCAACUUGCAGCAAUGAACAUUUCAAUGCAUUUGGCGGUAGCUGUGGCGGCGGCGGCUUGUCUGUGCGUGUGCGCAGCGGCACCCGAGAAUCGACUCGCGCGCACUAAACAACAGCGCCCCACCCGCGGCUUCAAGAACGUCGAGAUGAUGACCGCCAGGGGAUUCGGCAAGCGAGACAGGCCACACACUCGGGCUGAGCGGUGUAACAGUAACCGUAAUGAAGCUAAGAAUAGUACCAUUGUGUCUGAAGGGGACGUAGAGCAUCAAGCGCCGACGACCCGCUCGCACCGCGGCACGCCCACCUUUAAGAGUCCCACUGUUGGGAUCGCAAGAGAUUUCGGUAAAAGAGCUCCGGAAUUGGACGCAGAAGACCAGGACAGCUAUGACUCCCACGCUCGCAGGAAGUUUAACCCCAAGAGCAACCUCAUGGUCGCCUACGACUUUGGCAAAAGGAGUGGUAAUGAUGACGUUACUGAUGAAGAGGAAGAAAUUAGAGUGACCAGGGGAACUUUUAGACCCAACUCAAACGUACUUAUCGCCAGGGGUUACGGGAAAAGGGCCCCUUUGCCAAAGAACGAUCGAGGUAUUAGUCGAGAUAAUCUCAGAUCCAAUAUUAAAGAAAUCACACACUACUGCAUUCCUUUGGACUGGUUUGUGAACGAGAUGCUGAACAAUCCAGAUUUCGCGCGAUCUGUGGUCCGCAAGUUCAUUGACCUCAAUCAGGACGGCAUGCUAUCAUCGGAGGAGCUGUUAAGGAACGUCGUUUAAAUACACAUUUAGUUAAUUACUAUUACAUGAGAACCCUAUCAUUUGAUCUGUAACUGCAUGCAAAGUAAAUAUAUGAAUAUAUAUCAUUACAAAUACUUGUAUAGUCUAUUUAUCGUUCAGUUUACAGGACUUGUAACGUUACUGUGAUAUCAUAUUAUUAUCUUCGCAUCCAAAAAAUAUAAAAAAAAUCAACCUCAGUUCUAUUAAAAGAUAAUUUUAAGAGCGGUAUUGUUGUUCGGAAUUUACGAUUGUUGUAAAUAAUUUAAAGUAUAAUGUCGAUGGCAUAAGAAUUAUCUGUCCAUAGCGAUACUCUUUAUAUCUAAAAAUGUAGAUUAAUAUUCGUUGUUGUAACUGAAAUAUUUUCCUUUCUAUGUGUGCCACUUUCAAAAUUUAUGACGUCAUACCUAUUUGCUUAGGUACCUACGAGCGCACUUCCAAAUUUCCAUUUAGUACAAUCGCCCUCACUCGUCGGUGUCAGGUACAAUCGACGAAUUAUCCUCUGCACUAAAUGAGAUUUGGAGGUUUGCAGUCAGUCACAAUUAUAACAGCAAUGUUCUAAGAUCAAAGUAAAUUAAGAGGUACAAGACUAAAAUGUAUUUUAAUGUUAGACAUUAUUUAAAGUUUCAGUAAACAUGUUUCAAUAUCGUCUCGUUUUAAUGUGAUUUUUAAUUUAUGUAAGGGGAAAGGCAAAUAUAACGAUCUAUUAAUGUAUGUUCUACGAUUAUAUCUAGGCUGGGUCAUACAGUAUCCUAUUCAUGUCAAUUUCAUAGUUGAAAUUAUAAGAGUUAGUGAAUUCUGUCGUUUAACACUCACUCUACAUACAUACAUGUAAUUUAUACUGUAAUGGAUAUAAUAAAAAUAUUUUUAGGGGGUAAAAUAUUCGAAAAAUGGAUGUUUGGAUACCCAUUAUUUGAUUAGUUCGUUGUUAAUUACCACUGUCGACGUUAUGGUUAAAUAAAUAUAUCGGGUAUCGAU